AUGGAUGACUCAACCAAACAGCUUCGCGAACGCAAUCUUCGCCAAAUCCGAGUGGUCCUCUCUCAACUUCCACCCGAUGUCGGCUCAGACACGAUACGAAUACUUGGUGAUACUCCAAAUAGUAUUCUUGAUCCUGAGGAUUUCCUAGGAUCCAUACGUCCAUUUGUUACAGAGACUGAGGAGUCCCUCCGAGGAUUUGACUCAGGCAAUGAGACUCGUUUUGUUGCCGCCAAAAUUUGCCGUGGGAAGCACUCUUACUUUAUACUCGACCUCAACCAUAGCAACUAUAACUAUGAAACUGCACAUGAAUGCAAAACUUUGAUUCCCAUCUAUGUUCUUCGCCUAUCGAAAAGGCAACCCACGAUCUUUCGCAAACGGGAGCUGGAUGAAUCCAUCGCGAAGAUCCUAAGGAACAUGCACAAUCUCCAUGGUCAGGCCCCUCUACCUCUGUUUGACAACCAUUAUGAUCCGUAUCUUCAAUACCCCAACCCGCGCAGCCCGCAUUAUGAGGUUUGA